AAUAAAACUCCACAGUGAUUGGCUUUAUUUGUUGUCCUUCCAGGAAGAGCCAAGUCUCCCGCCAGACUAUUGGUUCGUGGGCAUGUCAAUCACACCUGGUGCUACUGUGUGAUUGGUGCGCCCCACCUCGUGCUCGGUGGGAGCCACAGAACGCCAGCCAUUCUGUGUGCUGUACUCGCAAUGACUGAUGCGACCGUUUACACCACAUCCCUGUUGAACUGCCGACUUCAUGACACGGGUGCCAUGAUCAUUUUAGGCUCCGGAGAUAUUCUGCUCCUCUAAUUCGGUUCCUGCACUGACUAAAAACAACCAUUGCCGUGAGCUGAGGCUCGAGAGCUGCUGUGAAAGGCGGCGCUGCCUCCCCGGUUAGUCGGCGGCAGGAGGAUGGCACUGAGCUGGACGGUAUCCCUGUCUGUCCUCGGUGGGUUAUUGAGAAUUUAAUUAGCCGAUAACACACGGUUGACAUUUACGACUGACUGGUGUUGGGGAGCGACGACAAACACGUCUCCUGAUUAUGGAAAACGAGUGCAGGUUUGAAGACCUCUGAUCAUAUUGGCUCUGGGACCCACCAGGUGGCCAAUCAGGUGAUAGCCAGGCCUGAGGAGGGAGUCCAUCAGUGAUACUGGGAGACCCCUUAGCCACAUCCACACAGCUUCACGCAUCCCACUCCUUCCUCAACACCAUGUCUAUACCCAGCAACAGUCCAGAAAGAGAGGGCUCUGGUGGGGUGCCUCCUCACCUGGAGUGUCCUUCUUCCCCUCCCGGCAUGGAUCCAGAUCCCCCAUCGACAGGCAGCCCAGUGCUGAGCCCUGACUCCUCUUCCCAUGAUGCAGCGCUGUCAGCCCCAGCAGCCUCUCCAGCAGACUCUGAGAACCUGAGUCCUGAUGAACUGGAGCUGCUGGCCAAACUAGAGGAGCAGAAUAGGUUGCUAGAAGCAGACUCCAAGUCCAUGCGGUCGAUGAGUGGCUCAAGACGCAACAGUGGCUCCUCUCUGGUGUCCAGCUCCUCUGCUUCUUCAAACCUGUCCCACCUGGAGGAAGAUACCUGGAUCUUAUGGGGACGCAUUGUCAACGAAUGGGAGGAGUGGAGACGCAAGAAGGACAAGUUGCUGAAGGAGUUGAUCAGGAAGGGCAUCCCUCAUCAUUUCCGGGCCAUAGUCUGGCAGCUGCUGGGCAACGCUACCGAGAUGCCUGUGAAGAACCAGUACUCAGAGUUGCUAAAAAUGUCUUCCCCCUGUGAGAAACUCAUUCGCAGAGACAUCGCCCGCACCUAUCCUGAGCACGAGUUCUUCAAAGGCCAGGACAGCCUGGGACAGGAAGUCCUCUUCAACGUCAUGAAGGCAUAUUCUCUGGUGGAUCGAGAGGUGGGCUACUGCCAGGGCAGUGCAUUCAUCGUGGGCUUGCUUCUAAUGCAGAUGCCAGAGGAGGAGGCGUUUUGUGUAUUUGUGCGUCUGAUGCAGGAGUAUCGUCUACGGGAACUGUUCAAACCCAGCAUGGCAGAGCUCGGUCUCUGCAUCUACCAGUUUGAAUAUUUGCUACAGGAGCAGCUUCCAGAGCUGAACGUCCAUUUCCGGUCCCAGAGUUUCCACACAUCCAUGUAUGCCUCAUCCUGGUUCCUCACCCUUUUUCUCACCUUCCUCCCUUUGCCUGUCGCCACCCGCAUCUUCGAUAUUUUCAUGUAUGAGGGCCUAGAGAUUAUCUUCCGUGUGGGCCUUGCCAUCCUGCAGUACAACCAGACCGACCUCAUUCAGCUGGACAUGGAGGGCAUGUCACAGCAUUUCCAGAAGGUGAUCCCCCAUCAGUUCGACAGCUGCCCAGACAAGUUGAUCCUCAGGGCCUACCAGGUCAAAUACAACCCCAAGAGGAUGAAGAAACUUGAGAAAGAAUACACCACGAUCAAGAACAAAGAAAUGGAGGAGCAAAUUGAGAUUAAGAGGUUACGCACAGAAAACAGGCUACUGAAGCAGAGGAUUGAGACACUUGAGAAGGAGAGUGCUGCUCUUGCAGACAGGCUGAUACAGGGACAGGUGACGAGGGCGCAGGAAGCAGAGGAAAAUUAUGUAAUCAAGCGGGAGCUGGCGGUGGUGAGGCAGCAGUGCAACACAGCCAGUGAGAGCCUGGAGAAAGCUCAGGACACCAUCAGAGAGCUGCAACAGCAGAGGUACACAGAGCAGUUUGUGACUAAUCUGCAGACCGAGCUGGAACAGUCUAGGCUGCAUGAGGCCGAACUCCUCGGAGCACUGAAGGAAAUGCAAGACAAGGUUCUUGACCUGGAGAAAAAGAGCAGCUGCCUACCAGAUGAGAACAACAUGGUGGCCCUGCAGGAAGAGUUGAAGCAGAUGAAGUUAAGGGAGCUGGAGACGCUGAGCUCAUUCAGAGAGAUGCAGGAGACUGUCACUGAGCUCAACCAGCGCUGGCAGCAUCAUAUGUCCCGUGCCAGCAGCACGGGUGGAGGGGGCGGGCACUGGAAGGAAUCCCCAAAGAAGAACGCCAUGAAUGAGCUGCAGGACAAAUUGAUGACAGUCAGGCUGAGGGAGGCCCAAGCCCAAGCUGAGCUUAGAGAGGUCAAACUCAAAGCCUUGCAGCUGGAGAGCCAGAACCAGAUCCACAGCAAACUGAUUGGCCGCCACGAGCAGGAACGCUCCGCCCUGCAGGACCGGCUCCAGAUGCUGGCCAAUCAGAGCAAAGCUCUGCAGGCCCAACUCAACGAGAUGAAAAGGAAGCAGGCCGAGUUGGAUUGCAAGAGUAAGGAGGAGGUGAUGGCCGUGCGACUGAGAGAAGCAGACACUAUGGCUGCCAUGGCUGAACUCAGGCAGAAGAUCGCCGAGCUCGAGAUACAGAAGGAAGAAGGACUAAUCCAGGGCCAGCUGAACCACUCAGACUCCAGACAGUACAUCAGCCAGCUCCGGGACCAGAUCACUGAGCUCAAGAACGAGGUCAGACAGCUGCGAGGGCAGAAGUUGGCAAACAGCUCCAGAGUCAGCGGCGGAGGAGGAAACACCAACUACCAGGAUCUCUGCCUGGCCAGUCCCGCCUCUGCUGAGGGGGACUACCUCAGCUCAGAUGAGGACCUCCUCCCAAGCCCACUGCCCACCACCGCGCUCUAUUCCAACCUGUCCGGCCAGUGUCACCCGUCUGCCCGCCUCGACAGUGAAGGCAGCACAGACAGCGAGGCUGAGGAGCGGGUGCAGACGCAUCCAGACCCCCAGCAGCUAUAUGGCAGCAUGGUGUGUGCCGAGGCGCUGGAUAACUGACCUGGAAAUAGUGCAAUGGUUGAAAUGGAUUUCUUUGGACUAAAGAGACGCUGGAGCUCUGCAGGAUGAAACUGCUGCAGUAAACUUGGAUUGUAUUAUCCAGUUGCCCCCUUUGCUAUUUCUGUGUUUACCUUUCACUUGAUGCAGACGUAGUGGCAUUGGUUGGACCUCUUCUUAUCCUCUGUUGUCUCUGCUCCCGUUACUGUUUCCAACUUGUUCCCCACAAUGUCUGAUCCUGUGUCCCCUGACAAAGAGGUGAAGUAAAGCCUCUCUCCUUGUUCCUACGUGUAACUGCGCCAGAAACUGUCAAAAAAAAAAAAAACGUCCACCAAACAUAUGACAUGCAAACACAGUGGAUUGAAACUGAACCAGCACGGCAGAUGCUGCUUGAGAUCUACCACUGGACCUGAACCUGUGACUGUGGUUAAGAGUGAAGGCUGGGUAGACAGACAGUAACUGGUCACACUGUAUACUUUGUCUACCCUUAUAUAAUUCUCCUUCCUGACUGAUUCAAAGUUAAAUAUAUGUUUAUCCUCCCCUUUCCCGAUUAUGCUUAUUAUUAGGAAGACUCACAUCCAUUUUCACUGCCCUCAAAAAAAAAAAGACUUUUAUCUGUUCACCUCUAAGUGGUCACAAAAGAAAAUUCAAAAGGUGAUGAUGAGAAGGAACAAUGCAGUGUAGGAAGUCGCACGCAUCCGUAUCAAACUAUGGGAAUAUCACAAGAUGACAUUCAUAAAUGAAUCAUUAACAUACUAAACCUUUGUGUUGCUCACAACAGAUAAUGUCAAAACAUUCUCACGAAGCCACAAAAAAGGAAGGAAGAAACUCAGUGUUGCCAAAUCAUUUGUUUUAUUUUAUUAUUAUUAUUAUUUAUGUGUUGUAAUUUAUUUUUUUAAUGUUUUAUAUAUCUAUAUGUAUAACCGUAGGAGUGUAGAGAUACCAACCGAGGCCAAACUUUCUACACCGUCUUUUGUGCCAACCAGUGAUCUGUCGUGGUGUCACCACGGCACUGGAUGUUUCAGAGACAGAAAAUGUGCUGCUAUGAUUUUUUUUGUUUUUAAUUCUAAUUCUGUUUUGUUCUUACUUAUUGUUGUGAGUCAGUGUACAGCCUCCUGUCAACUCUGCCAUGCAGUCGGUUUACAGUUAGUAUGAAAAACAGUCAAAUGUGAAAAAACUGAAGUUUGACCCUCCUCCCCCCGGAGCUUCUCAACAUUUUGCAAUGGAAAGAAACAGUUUCCUUUAAAACAAGCAAAACUUAAACAAGUUAGAGGAAUCGUUCAUUGUUUUGGCAAAUGCCUGUCUUCACUGUCCUACUCAGAUUGAGAUGAGAAGAUUGAUACGUCUAUAAAACCACAGCCAGAAGAUGGCAGGCUUAACAGUGGGAGUUUAUGCUCUGGAUUGUUUUCUUCACAUAGCUCUCCUUCAGGCUUUGUUUUGCACUUGACUCUUUGUAUGCAUAACAACUAUAUGUUUUGCUAAAACUAGGUCAUGGUUAAUGAAAAUGAGGUGAUAUUAUGGUAAAUGCUAAAAUAUUGCGUAACAUUAGCACAAGUAGAAAAAAUGUCCCUCAGCCAUAUCAGUGCUAUCACUUGCAUAGCUUUAUUUUGCUAACUUUAGCUAACAUUAGCCAGUUCUAAGAAACUGAGCAGUGGGCUAAAGCAAACCAAGAAACUAAACUAAUUCCAGCCACUAAAUCCCUGAGUAUGUGGCAGAUGUUGUUAAUAUAUGGGUUCGUUAUUGAGCAUCAAAUGUGCUGGUAAAUGGAUUUUUACUUUUCUUGUUUUGGGCCGUGCCAUGUUAGCAGUUUCCUUCUACUUCCAGUGUUUAUGCUAAGCUAAGCUAACUCAUUUCCAGGAUUUAGCUUCAUAUAAAACAAACAGAAGUGAGAGUCCAGUAAUCAUCAUUGUCCUCAUAAUACCAUGUGCUCAUAUCACUUAUCACUUGUUAUCAGCUAAAACUGAGUGUGAAAGAGGAAGGCAGUAAGGAUGCCAACAAAAUUCCCUCCAUCGUGACCAGUGAGUGCAUGGCUGCAAACUAUUUUACAUAUCAAACAUUAAUAUAUUCUGUUCAGGAAAAAAAAUAAAGGUUGUAAAAUAUGCAGAUAUAUGAAAUAUACAGUGUUACAGGAAAAAAGAAGAGAUGAUAUUUAAAUCUCACUGAUCAAAUCCUACUGAUGGUGACAAGUCUGUAUAGUUUAUGAAACAGGGUACAUACGGAGCAGGUCUUUGCUCUUUGCACGACAGGGAAAGGCAAACUCUCCACUUAUGACAUGAGGCUGUGAGAGGUGGUGUGGAGGAGUGGUGAGAUCAUAUCUUAAAGUGCUCCAAGAUCAUAUAUUGUGACGUUGUAUGGUUCUUCGCUGUUCCUCAGUGUUGCUUUCUCUAAGUUACCUGCUAAAGUCUACCAUCUGCCCCACAACACAAUUUGUAUUGCACAGUAUGUGAAUGAAAGAACGACAAAGCAGUGCAUCAUUGCCAUCUCUUCAGCAAUCAGGAAACUGGAUUUUCCAGUAAAGGCCAUCAAAAAGCUAAAGAGGAUGUUGGUUUGCCCAGCGUGCUGUUGCAAAUAACAGCCUUUUAGUGGUGGGUGUAGCAACUGAAAUCUCAACACUGGAAUCAGUGCUUGGAUAUCAUCAGGGCAAAUGACGGUUACACUGAAGACUCUCUUGAGUUCUGUCUUGUUCUUUGUUCAAAGUGUAGACUCACAUUAACUCUGUUGAGAAUCAGUCAUUCAGUGUUUUUGCUUUGAGCUAUGUCAGUAUAUUUCAUCCUUGGAAUCAGCCUCUUGAAAUACUUGUGCAUGACAGUCGGCUGGAUGGAUGUGAUGCGGGGUAGGCUUAAAAAGACAUUUAAAAAAUCUAUCUAUAGAAUAUUGAUAAAAACCCACACAGGCCAAAAUAGCAGGAAGCUAAAGCAUUUGUGUGGCGUUCCAACAAAAUCAAUGCCAUUAUUUCCAUGACUGAUUUCUACCAUUUCAUUUUCUUUUAAUGACGUUGUUGUGCUGCGCCUUUGGCUUCUGCAGCAGUUUAAUGGUACCUCACUGGAAAACAUCAACAUUUAUUUUUGAGAUGUUACCAUGAAGCUAGUUAAUGGACACAAGAAUGAAUUUGUCAUUUUAUUUGACAUUUUAUUCAGAUUUACACCACAUCUGGAUGGAAAACUUGCCUCCUGCUGACUGCCUUCUUUACUGAAACAUUUUUCCACCAAUGAUUGGUUUAGCUCCUCUACUUAUCUUAUCUUGCGUAUCUUAUCGUUAUUCUCAAACCACAUUUCACCGGAAAAUAAACAUAUAAUGUACAACAUUGGGGUUUAAAGUUUCAGUUAGGCUUUCUUUUAAAAAAAUAAAAAUAAAAAAAUACCAAAACUAGCUUUCAUUCAGGAUUGAACUUCAUUUCCUGAAUCAACAUUAAACUGAACCCAGAUCAGCGCUCGGCAUCCCCCAAAAUAUGAACACAUCGGUACAUACACUGCUGUUCAGUGCAGGUGCUCUUCUCACCACUGUCGGAAUACAACUCUAUCUACUGUGAUUAAAACCUUUUGAUAUGUUUGUAAAUUAGUUUUGAAUAUGAUACUAGCCUUCAUCCUUAAUAUUAUUUUUAUACUUACCAUCAGUACUUUGGCUCCUCCUGCUAAGAGUAUUACACGAGAUGACGAUGACGAUUUAACAUCGUAAUGUGCCAUAAAAGUAGAAAGAUUUACACACUUCAUUCAUCCAUUUAACAGCCAUGGGAUACUAUCACAGUGUUAAUCCAGAUAAAUAGUCUUCAGACUGGGCCAUCUGUCAUACAUUCUCCCCGAUAUCACACUGACAAACAUCAAGAGUUUUCCUUUCAGGUAGUGUUGGUCUGCUCUACUAUUUUUCAGAUUUAAUGUACUGUAUGUGACGGCUGUUUGAUAUCCAUAGCAUCAUACCCACGAACCUUGUCCACCUUCAUAGUUUCCCUUUUUUGCAGUUCAACUGAUGUUGUCAAAUAUAUUAAAUGACAGUAAAAGUUAUAUAAAUUCCAUUAUGAUGGGGAAAAUAUACAUUUCAGUGUUCUGUAUCCUAUGAAUGAUACAAAAUAAACUUUGACAUUGCACCUUUGCAAAGACCUAA